ACCAUUCAGCCAGAGGUCAGAGGUUGAGAGACGGCCUGUCACUACAAUGUAACCUGGAUGUUUCUUCUUUUAUGAUUUUCUAAGCACAAGUCACCUGUAAACUGGGUGAAGUGGAAAGAAAAUAGACAUAAAAUAAAACAGUAUUUUUAAAGAAAACAAAAAUUAAAUAUAUGUCUUUUUUUAUUUUAUUUUCACAUUUCAAAAUGUUAUGUUACAAGCUACACGUUUAAAGUUAAGGUAGUGCAGUUUCAGUCCAAAACAGAAGGGGGCAGCAAUCUCUCUCCUCCAUAUUACACAUCAAAGGCAUCAAAGGUACUAGUCUCAGUUAGUAAAUGAAAGAGGCAGUUGUCCACUACAAAGAAGUCAGUAGCUGUCAAUAAACACAGUGAAGUGAAGUGAAGUGAAGUUCCUUUGCAGGUGCCGACUUUGACCAGUAGAAGGCUCCUGAGCUGGACGAUCACGCAAAACCUUCUCGUAUGCAGUGUUGAUCAAGGGGAAUGGGAGUGGCAGAAUAUCUGGAGGUUAUGAACUUUUUACAACGCAACGAACCCAUCGAUAACGAAGUCCAUGUGAUCAUCGAUGAGCCUGUUGUCGUAGUGGACGACGACGACUUCCACGUCAUCAACGAAGUCCUGGUUCUAGAAGACCACCAUUUCUCCCCAGACGAUAACGCUAAUGACGGCCUCGUCAUCGUGGAGGAUGACCACGACCCUGGGGCGGAUGAAUACGAUCAGCCCGCCGUCAUCAGUGACGAAGAGCGCCCACUUGUCAUUGAUGACAGAGGAGAGCCCAGUGACAGCGCUGACAGCAGCGUCAGCAGUGGAACCGGAGAAGAACCUGACCCACACGACGACAGAUGCCACAGCACUGUGAGUGAAACCAUCGAGCUCUGCAUCAAGACAGUAGGGGGCGCCGGCCCCAGUGGAGAGGGUGGUGGUUGUCGGAGUGUAGAAGAAGAAGAAGAUGAUGCCCUGCCUGGACGAUCCAGGGACUUGUCAGAGGAAGAAGAACUGGACUGGUGGGACGAUUCUGAUGAAUCGGACAUCGAGUUCUACUUUCGCAACUACUUCUCUGACUGUAACGAUGACGAGACGAUGGAAUACACUCCAGUCAAAAAGCCGGUUUUAGAUUCUGUGGAUCCUGAUGAUGAAGACGGAGGAGGAGAAGAAGAAGAAGAAGAAGAAGAAGAAGAAGAAGAAGAUGAAGAGCGGCUGAGUGUCGUGACCUUGAAAAGAUCCAGUCCGUGUGAAAGAGCUGAAGAUGACAGGAAACGCAAAAAGACGAACCGCUGCAGUCAGUUCUGGGACAGACCCGACAGCAGCGGCCUCGUGGACACGACCGAGGACGCUGGGGGAGGACAGAAGACGGGUGAGGACGUGAACCCACGGCUGGAGGAAGAAGCCAAACAUCUGAAACCGUCAGGGAAGAGGUCCGGGAAGAGGAAACACAUCGAGGCUAACGAAGGCGCCCUGCGCAAGAAGUCACGUCAAGACAGGACAUGAAAAUACUGAGAUGUUCGAUGCCGUCAGUUUCCACUUCACCACAGACACUUCCUUCACUCCACCGUCUGUACAGGUUUGGAUGUGAAAAGAUUAAAUGUCACCAAAAAACAAAUCCAGUCGUCGUCAACGUUCAUGUUGUUAUAAAUAAGAAAAAAUAAGAAAUAAAACUGUAGAUUGUAUAUAAAACCUCUCGAAUAACCACUACCUUAGUCCAGUGGUUCUCAAUGUGGGGGGCCGGCCCCUCAUGGGGCCACGGUGAGAGAAAAAGAAAAAAGAUCAGUGGUUUUUUAUAUUUUACAGUGGAAGUUCUGACAUUUGUGUACUUGAACGCACCGUUAGCUGCAGCACACAAACAUGUCACUCCAUCGCCUUAUGUAGGGACGGUGGGUCGUGGGGCGGGGGGGGCAGAUCGGGGUGACUAUGAAUCAGCAGUCGCCUUGCGUCAUGAUGAUCUCAAAGUCCAAGUACAUGUUGUUGUCAAGUCGUUGGACCAUCAAAUACCAGGGGAGGAGCAGGUCGAAGCCCGAGUGCUUUUACGCAGUUUGGUAAAAACAAAAACAAACCGGACCAGACCCUGAAGUGUCCAGUGGAGGUAAACAGAGUGUCGUCCACAGAGGUGGUUGACGACACUCUGGUUAAGACAGUACAAUAAUAAUGAUGGCUAACAACAUUCAGCAAAUAAGGUGUAUUUGGUUCCACAACAUACAUAGACCCAAAUAACAAUAACUGACUGGGCCAAACUUGGCCCGCGAACCUCAGGUUUGACAU